AUGGCGCCGGGCCAGCCUUACAUGUACUCGGCGACAGCCAGCGAGGAUUCGCGCCUGCCGGCCUCGACAUUCGAUCCCAAAGCCAUUACGCGCGCCAGCUGGGCGCCGAAACCGAGACGUCUGCCUCAAGUUGGGCCGCUGGUCUCCUUUAAUCAACAUCCCGAUACCCACGAAGCUUUGCAGCAGCGAUCCGAGUACAGGCAAUUGGGUAAAAAGACUGAGAAGGCUAUUAAAUGGGUUCGCGGAUGGCAGCUUUUUUGCCGCGUGCUCGAGUUCAAUGGCGCUCUCGGCAUCUUUAUUCUCAUGAUUUUGCUCAGCCAUGUUAGUGCUAUCCUCGCCUGGAUUAUGCGCGUUGUCUCUGGCAUCACCGCCCUUCACUGUCUUUACGGAAUCGUCCAUCACUCUCGCUCGGCGACGUAUAGAACCCCCGGAUCCACAGCGGCAUACCAACUCUUUGCGGGCAUCUUUGAUAUCACAGUUGCUUCUUUCUACGCAUAUGGGGCCUUUAUGACAAACCGCGAUUCCGCUACUUGGACGACGCUACUCAAGGACCAGGGUCUGGUCGACUACUUUGUCCCGGCCGUGUAUUACACCAUCAUCGGCGCUGCUAGCUUGCACCUCGCUUCGUUUCUGACGUCUGUCUGGCUUGCCAUUACCUUUCAGCGAAUCAGUGAUAUGCCACCGGAUAUGAACCCGUUGGAAUCCAACCUGACGGCCCGCCCCUCGUUCCACAAGCGAAACAAGUCAUCAGUGACAACCUAUAGCUCUGACAACGAGAAGAGGUUGUCUACGGCUCAGAGCGCCAAGCACAGGUCCGAAGCCUCGUGGGAAAGCUUUUCUUACCCCCGCACAGUACCCUUUAUGCACACCCGCACGCAGUCAGAGGAUACCCUGGUCAACAGCGAGCCUAAGCUCAACCUCCCUCAGAGACAGUACCAGAUCCCGUCCAGCCAUAGGGCGUCUCGCUCCGCCGCAUCCAUUGUCAGCAGCCGCAUGUCUGCUCCGCGCACUUCUAGAGGGACCUACUCGGAACUCGCGCUGGGUGACGCCAGCCCAGCCAGGCCAGAGUUUGUCGCUUACGGCCCCGAUGUCAACAACACCCGCGCGCCCAAGUUUACCGAGACAUGGAUGCCAACUGACUCACUCAUCUCCCGCACCAACUACCGCCAACGCGAGAUGGCUGCCGCCAACACCUCCCGCCAGGCCCGUAGCUCUCAGUCUUACUCUGCUCUGGAGCAGCGGUACAAUGCCGACGCUGACGACUCUGGAUCCGAUUAUGGUGACAAUGAGAAUGUUGAUGCCAACAGCGCCCACCGAGGAAUCGACGGUGGCCAGCAUCCCAACCCUCUUGGCUCGCACCCCAUGGCCAGCGACUGCCCCUCGACGCCCCCUCGCCCUCCCACGCACGGCGAUUCGUCGUCGUCGUCCCGCCCUACAACCCCAUGGACCGCCUCCAGGCUCUCGGCCAAGAGCGCGCUGUCCGAGAUUAGCAGCAACGAGCGCCUGAACCAGGCCGCCCGCGGGCUGACGGACCGCUCGCCUUGGACCCAUAAGCCAGACCUGCGCCCGCCGCCUGCCCUCACUGGCGGUGACUUUUACUCGCGCUCGUAUGGUGAGCUGCGCUCCGCCACACCGCCCGUCAUGAUCGGCGACACAAGAAAGAUUUCAUCGGGUAACGACUAUCAUGCCCAGGCCAUGGCAGCUGAGCGUCGUCGCGUGAGCGGCAAGGUGGCUGAGGAGGGUCUUGCGGGCGGCCGAUUUACUAUUGGCUACGCCACUUGA